AUGGCUUUAAUAAAUUUUAAAGAAAAAAUUCAAAUUUUGUUAAAGUUAAAAGAAUCAUUAAUACCUCAAAUCGAUGGAAAUUUUAUAAAAGAUUGGGAAUUGGAAGCCCUUAAUUAUCAAAAUACAAGUGAAAAUAUUAUGUGUGAAUUAAAAAAUGUAAAUUUUAUAGAAGGUUUAGUUGAUGGUAUUUCAUCACAAUUGUCUUAUUUAAGAAUAAAUCUACAAAAUUAUGAACAUAUGCUUGAAGAUGAAAAAGAUAAAUUUAAAAGAUUAUAUGUGUUGGCUGCCCUUGGAUUAAUUGCAAAAUUAAAACUUAUUUUAUUUUUUUCAACUUAUAUAAAUUCAAGAAAACAUAAAAAUAAUAAAAAUUUUCCUGUUAUGAAUGAAACCACUUUUAACCCAGAACAAAAUAUAUCCGAAAAUAUUUAUGAUGAAAAUCAAAAUAAAAUAGAAGACAAUUCAUAUGAAAAUGAUAUCCAUAAUGUUGAUUUAAAAGAAGAUUCAAUAUUUACAAAUAUCGAAGAGCAAUAUUCACAAUUAAGAAAUUGUACUGAAGAAUAUAAAGAAAAACUUUAUAAUGCAAUGGCAUUUAAUGCUUUAUCACAUUAUAAUUCACGUAUAAACAAUUCGAAAAAUACAAAUAAUAAUGAUUAUAUUGAUAAAAAUGGAGGUAUGUACAGUAAUAAUAUAGAAAACAAUUCAAGAAAUAAUAAUGAUCUUAUGGGAAAUAACAUAAACAAUACUAACAAUAUACAUAAUAACAGUAAUAAUUAUAAUACACAUUUUAUAAAUAAUAUGCAAAAUAAUCCCAUUAAUGUGAUUAACAGUUUUAAUGUCGAAACAAAUGAAAGAGUACGAAGUAAUUCUUCUUUAAUAUCAAAAAAAAAAAAAUUACAGCUACCUCAAACCCAAAAUAAAACAACAAAUUUUCUAAAAAGUUCGCAACCAUUAAAUGGUAUAAAAAAUACUCAAAGCCAUCAUAUUAUUAACAAUUAUAAUGGUCACUUAAAUAAUGAAACACAUAGAUAUAUAAAACAAAAUCAAGAUAAAAUUUCGAAUUAUUUACCAAAUGCACAUCAUAAUAUGAACACGACAAACAAUGAUAGUUCUCAAAUAAUAAACAAUAAUACAAAUUUAAAUAAGCAUUACAAAUAUGAAAAUAAUAAUAACACACACAACGAUAAUAUUAUCCAAUCUUAUAAUAAUGAAAUUUAUGAAAUAAAUGAUAGCACAUAUAAAAAUUGUUACUAUAUGCAAUAA